GCGAGAGUGGCACCCGCGGGGCGGGAAGGAAGAGGCCGAGCGAGCGGCUGGGUGGGCUGCGUCCCCCCGGCUCCGCAGCACUGAGGAGCUGGAGGUCAGUGAGGCGCCCUCGCUCCUCCCUCGGCUCCGGCCGCUCCUCCCCGCCGCCUUCCAGACCGGCGCUGCGGGGCUCGCCAGCGGCUGGCUCGGUGCCGCGGGGCAGGGGCAGGGGCCGGGGGGUGGAAAGCAGCCAGGCAGCAGGGAGCAAAGAGGAUGCAGCCGCCUCCUCCCGCCACCCCGGUGCCGGCUCCUUUAGCCGUGUUGGAUCCUACAGGACAGUUUGCAAAACGAAAGAAGACUUCUCUCUGGUUCACAGUUUCUCUGCUGGUAGUGUCUGUGUUCAUACUGACCAUAGGACUUGCAGCUACCACAAGAACAGAAAAUGUUACCGUUGGAGGCUAUUACCCAGGAAUCAUUCUUGGCUUUGGAUCUUUCCUAGGGAUUAUUGGAAUCAACCUGGUAGAGAACAGAAGGCAAAUGCAACUGUCUGAAAAGAAGUAG